UUUGACAGAAACCCUUCUCUCCCCACCAGGCGCUGAACCUAAAACCCCUGCAAAACCCUACUAAACAACCCCUCUGAAAAUGCUUCGAAUCUUGCGAUCGCGUCCUCUUACGAACUCCUUCAGUUUCUACGGUCGACCAUUUUCUUCAAACAUCUCCGCAAACCCUCCCAAAGAAGCCAUCAUCUCUUCUUCUUCAUCUUCUUCUUCUUCUUCUGAAUCUCUUAUCAAUGAUCAAGCUCCCUCUGCUCCACCCCCCGAGCCAGCGGCCAAGAAAUCAUCAUCAGCCUUUCUCAAGUUCGCCAUUUUCGGCACUCUGGCUGGAGCUACCGCCGCCGCCGGUUACGCGAGCUACGCAUAUACCUUAGACGAAGUGGAUGAGAAGACAAAGGCUUUUCGGACCUCAGCAAAGUACACCGUAGGAGAUAAUGCAUCUUCUCUUGAUAAAUUUCAAGCUUUGCUUUAUUCUGCUGCUAUGACAGUUCCUGCUAAAGCUAUUGAGCUAUACUUGGAUCUCAGGAGGCCAAUUGAAGAACAAAUUCGGGGGUUUGCUGAACCUUCCUCAGAGAAGCUUCUCCCAGAUUUGCAUCCCCUGGAGCAACAUAUAUUCACUCUUGUUUUGGAUCUGAAUGAGACUUUACUAUACUCUGAUUGGAAGCGUGAAAGAGGUUGGCGAACGUUCAAAAGACCUGGAGUGGAUGCUUUCUUGGAACACCUAGCCCAGUUUUAUGAGAUCGUUGUGUACUCUGACCAGCAGAGUAUGUAUGUUGAUCCUGUUCUUGAAAGGCUUGAUCAGAAAGGAUGUAUACGAUAUAGAUUAUCAAGAACUGCAACUAGAUAUCAAGAUGGAAAACAUUAUAGGGAUCUCUCAAAGCUUAACCGAGAUCCUUCAAAGAUCCUCUAUGUGAGUGGACAUGCAAUAGAAAGCUGUCUUCAGCCUGAGAAUUGUGUCCCAAUUAAGCCCUGGAAGGUUGAAGCAGAUGAUACAGUACUUUUGGACCUUAUCCCAUUUCUUGAAUAUGUUGCUCGUCAUAGACCAGCUGAUAUAAGACCAGUACUGGCCUCUUAUCAAGGACGUGAUAUAGCAACCGAAUUCAUUGCUCGUUCUAAAGACCAUCAGAGGCGGAUGCUAGAACAAAGGCAGCAUGGCCGAUUCUGGCAGCGAUGAAGCUGGAGCAACAAGAAGAGAACAAAGAACUUACCUAAAUGUUCAGAGAAAUGGAAACUAAUUCAUUAUGCUUCACAAAGUACUACAGCCUUUUGCCAUUGUAAGUUAAUUCUAUUUGAGAUUAUAGAGCAACAAACACUUAAUCCAUUUUACAGUUACAGCUUCAUCCCCAAAGCUGGUUUUUGAGUGGGUUCCAGAGUGACCUUCGCCAGGUUUCUGGGUUGGUCUGGUUCCUCAUGAGUCAUAAAUUGGAUAUUAACCUUUGAGUUGUAAUCUUGCUGGGUUCUCUUUUGUAUUUCAUCAUCGUCUUCUUCCUUGUGGCGUUGACAUGAAGCCUAGUCUCUUCUUUUCCUGCUCAACAAAUUGUGAUUAGAUUUAAUUUACAGUAAUAAUGCAGAGAUAAACAGUACUUUUUGUGCUC